CAAUAAUGAGUAAGACUAGAACAAGGAAGAGAUAUCCUAGUGAAGCUGUCAGGACUAUCAAUGGGAUUAUUUUUAACAGUGACCAGGAAGCAGAACUCCCUCAGUAUAACUCAAGCGUUCAGAAGAAGGAUUAUGUCAAAGGGAUAUUGAAUACAUAUUAUUCCAAGAACUUUCAGAUGGAUCAUAAUCAGGAGUCUGAUAGACCAAAGAGGGAUUUUGAUAAGGUCAUUCAUGACAAUCUCACACAUUUAAUGACGAGCCUUUCCUACACUAAUGACGAAAACAGGUUUCUCUAGAUAAGGUUAUUCACUGGUACAAGACUAAAAGCGGAGAAAGCUCAUUGAAUAACUCUAAGGCUUUGCAUAAAUUAAGGAAGCCCCUUAGGACUGAUAGAAAUUCUACUGAAAUGAACGAGCUAAAUGGCAAUUUCUUUAGUAAGAGGUAUAAAUCUCCUGAACAUUUUGGAAGGAAGGGCAAGGUUGCUCACAUUUCUCAUCAUAAUUCUGGAGACUUUUUAAUACCAAAUACAGAAAGGAACUUCAACGCAAGAGAAAACCACAAAAUUGGGACGACUAGAGUCAAAGAUUUAGCUGGAAGGCUCAAACCAGGAAGACCUAUAGGUGGUGAAAAAGUAUCACAGAAGUCUCUAAAUACUCCUUCUCGGAAGCCUACCUCUUCCUCCAUGUGCAGUAGUAUUUAUAUUGAUAAAUAAGGAAACAAUUAUGAAACUGAAGAAAGAUAUCGAAGAGCGUCAGAAGAAGGCUCAGAAAUAAGCUUGAAAAAAUCAGGGCAAGGCUACAAGACCCAGACAAGCUGUAUAUGACAAUAAAGAAAUUCAACUCUAAAAAGAAACUACAAACUAGGAAGAUCUCUGGAGGCCUGUCUCUGCAAGAAAUGCAAGAACGGAAUCAUAGGUUUUAUGAAAACCUGAGGAAAGGAGUCAGAAACCCAUGGAUUUCAAUAGAGUUUAAACAGGAGAAAAAGCGGUCUCCUCAGCCCUCUCCUCGAGUGGUAAAGACUUCUGAAAUAUUUCAUCGAGGAAGAAGCCAAGAAACUGUUCAUAACAGAGAGUAUGCUAACCCAGGUCAAACUCUUGAAAUUAAGAAUCAGCCAAAAGGAGUGAAUAUUAAGAUGGAGAACACAAGGUCAACUCCAGCAAUUGUUAAGAAAACUAACAAAAUGAUGAAGCUCAGAUCCACGUAUGUCAUUGAAGAUACAGAUUCCCUGGAGAUGGAUCCUCAAAAAUCUCCUGAAAUUAGGGUCAAAAAGAUGUAUAGCAAUGAAAUUAAGAGUAUACCUCCUAAGAAGUUCUUCAAAAGGCAGGUGUUGUUCAAUGAUAGUGCUGAAUCACCGAGCCUCAACCAAAGUUCCUCUCAUAUCAAGGAAGAAGCUAAUGAGGAAGAGACACCAGGAAAUGAUCGAUUCAAGCUUAUAACUCCUAUUAAGAUGAAUAAGCCAAGGAAAAGUUUUAAGCCACCGAGUGUAUCUCAUUUUGAUGCAAAUUUUAACUUUAUUAGCUAGCAUAACUUCAAUAUGA